GUGUGUGUGAGUGUGUGAGAGAGAGAGAGAGAGAGAGAGAGAGAGAGAGAGCGAGAACGCGCGCGCAAACGCGAGACGGCGCUGCUAUUUGGGGAAUUACGGCCGUCACCUGUGUGACGUCAUCGCCCAAACCGCAGCAUAGCGACGGCACUUCGGUUGGAGUCUGAAGGAACCGCAAUCGCUUUAACCCCCGGAUCCUGAAAACCGGAAUAGAUCCAGUUAAAAUCCGGGAUACCGGGCGGGAUUCAGGGACUUUCUAUCCGGAGUGAAGAUCACUUCAGCAGGCUGGAGAAGUGCGAGUGAGAGGGAAGGAGGAAACCCUUACAGCCCGGGACUCUACUCUCCUGUUAACUGCUCCUCGAGCGCCACUGCUAACAGGCUAGCUAAACAUGGAGGAAAGAAACUGAGAGAAAAAUAUCAGCAAAUUCACGACGAGGGAUUUUUAUGCGGCUUUAAUUCGGUCUAAACGUCUGUUUAAAUAAAUUGUAAUAUAUAUUUCUGUUUAUUUUGGUUUCCUUGGACGGUAUCGUGUUACUUUAUAAGUUGUCCAGCUAACAAGCUAAGUUUUUUUUGUGGUGAGAUUCACGCGCAUGCGCCGUGGACGGAUUUUUGAUAUAUCAAUAAACUUCGAUCGAAUGAAUGAAUAAUUGUUAAUUAAGGUGCUAAUGAGCGACAUUUCGGAGGCAUUUUGACGGAUUUUGGAAAUGCACACCAGAAGUUGUCCUGUGGUCUUCGGAGAUGCUUCGGGUCGCCCGUGAAAGGAAAUAAACUAAUAAUAAGUACAAAGAUUAAUAAUAAUAAUAACAACAACAAUAAUAAGAACUAGGCGACGGGGUCGUGAUGGAAGGUCGUGGAAAAUCCGGGACCCCUCGCGAUGCUUGAGGUCUUUUAAUGGCACUUUGGGCGUUGGAUUUGGAUGAGGAGCCUCAACACCCACAGAACGACCCACAUGGUUCCACUGGUUUGAGGAGAUCUAUUACAUGGAGACUGGUUGGUCAUGCCGAGGAAGGAGUUACCGUUGCCAGAGGGUUGGGAAGAAGCCCGAGAUUUUGACGGGAAGGUCUACUACAUUGACCACAUUAACCAGACCACCAGCUGGAUCGACCCCAGGGACAGGCACACCAAGCCACUGACCUUCGCCGAUUGUAUCGGAGACGAGUUGCCAUUGGGAUGGGAGGAAGCGUACGAUCCGCAAGUCGGCGCCUAUUACGUCGACCACAACACGAAGAGCACUCAACUGGAGGACCCGCGGGUGCAGUGGCAGCACGAGCAAGAGCAUAUGCUGCGCGAGUACCUCGACGUAGCCAAGGAAGCGCUGAGCGCCCAGAAAGAGAUUUACCAGGUCAAAGAGGAGCGUCUGCGUCUGGCACAGCAACAGUACAAGCAGCUCAACGACGCCUGGAGGGACAAGUCUUCCUCCCAGACCAGCUUAAAUUCCAGAUCCUCAUCAAGCAGUAAAUACGACCCUGAGAUCCUCAAGGCCGAGAUCGUGACCGCUAAGAGUCGGGUGAGCAAGCUGAAGAGAGAUCUGGCCUGCAUGAGGCAGGAGCUGCUUUAUAAGGAGCAGGGCUUUGAAACGCUCAAAGAGAUCGACCACAAGUUGGCGAGCACUUCGUGCGGGUACAAGCAGCACGAGGCCCAGGCCAUCUUAAAGGAGGUCAGGACGAUUAAAGAUGCCAUCAGCUCGGGGGAAAAAGAAAAGCAGGAGCUCAUGCAGAAACUGGCCGUGCUGAAAGACGGCUUUAUUUUGGACUACGGCUCUCAGACCGAUCUCUGGGCCAGCAACCCGUGUCUGAGCAGCUCCAAUCUGUCGCUCCCCCGGCUCUAUUCCGAUGCGGAGUCCCAGACGGACAUCCCCUCCGAGUUGCUUUCGAUCUCCAACAAACUGGCCGAGAAGGUACGACUGAGCCUGAAAUACGAAGAGGCGAAAAGGAGGAUCGCAAACAUUAAAGUCCAGAUCGCUAAAUUGGACAGCGAGUCAUGGCCCGGUUUGCUGGACCCCGAGCGAGACCGGCUCAUCCUCAUCAGCGAGAAAGAGGAGCUACUGAAGGAGCUGGAGUACGUCAAACCCUGCAAGCGAGCGCCGAGCGACGCAGAGAAGAUCGAAACGGAAAAAAGGCGUCUGGAGAAGGACCUGCAGGCGGCACGCGACAGCCAGAGCAAAGCUCUAACGGAAAGGUUGACGCUACAUUGCAAGAGGAGCAAACUGGUGAAGGAGCUGGAGGACGUCGUGAGACAGGCAUCCUCGCUGCACACCCAGCUGAAGAGCUUGUCUGCUAGCACGCUGUCCUGUUCCUCGGGGAGCAGCCGCGGGUCUCUGACGUCUAGCCGCGGCUCGCUGGCCGCCUCCAGCCUCGGCUCGCUGUCGUCUCUCAGCUUCACCGACGCAUACUUGGAGCACCAGAGCGAGCUGAGCGACCCCGACUUCCAGGUCAAGCUGGACUCCAUGCUCCAGGAGAGCACCUCGUCCACCUACAGGCCCUCCAGCUCCAUCCCCACCAUCCACGAGAACGAGGUGACGUCCGUGCCGACCGCCGGCGCCGUGGCUCAGGGUGCGGGGCUACGCGCUCACGCUCUCCGACUAUCCGAAACGCCGCACUCCAUGAACUCGCUGUCUCCACGCUCAUCGCUCUCCUCGCUCUCGCCACCCUGCUCGCCCCUCAUCCCAGACACCUCAUCACUCACCGGAGAGACCUUUUCAGGCUCGGACUCGCAGCUCGACCUGGAGCUGCAGGCCCGGCUCAGCGAGCUCAGUCUACAAGGGGACGCCAAACAGGAUGCCCCGAAAGAUCUCGAUUCCCAAACAAGAGUCUUGGGAGCCGGAUCUAAGAAAGUGGGCGUGACAUCUGCCGUGUCUGACGAAUCGGUAGCAGGAGACAGCGGCGUGUACGAGGCUUCAGAGAAAAGGCUCCCCGCCGAGCAGCUGUUGGGAGACGAAGACGGGGGAUUAGUCAGCUGCGCUCAGAUCAGACUGGGGCUGAAGUACGAGGCCAAAGAGAAACGACUCGCCAUCUUCAUCAUGCAGCUGAGCAACUGCAGCAUGUUUCCUGUGCCUGAAAGCCAGAACAUGUACGUCCGGGUGGUGGUGCUGCCCUGUCCCGAGGCCACACGUUGCCUGUUCCGCACACGCAGAUCACAGGCUCACGACACGCUGGAGCUCAACGAGGUGUUCGCCGUGCAGCUGUCUCCCACCGCCUUCAAACAGAAGACCCUCCGCAUCGACGUCUGCUCCACCACCAUGUCCAGAAGAGAAGAGUGCCUGGCUGGAGCUCAGAUCAGUUUGGCUGACAUGGAGUGCACGGAGGAGUGGUGCACCAAGUGGUACAACCUUCUCAACUACAUGCUGAUUUCAGACAUGAACGGCAAGAACAAAGCGCUCGAGGCUCCCGUGCAGUCUGACCAGACAGUAGAUCGCUCUUCGGAAAUCCAAGCAGCUAACAUGAAGCCGGCAGAGACGGACUGGCAAACGGAGGCUCUGGAGAGCGACGUGUUCAGCGACGUCGAAGGGGAGGAGUUUAACUCUGAAGGCUGUCAGUGGGAAGCGGAGGAGGAAGAGGAGGAGAAUGAAGAAGAGAAGCAAGGGCCGUCCUCCAAUCUUCCUUCCGCAGCAGCAGCAGCAGCAGCGAUACCUGAAAAGGUAAACAAAGAGACGAGCAUGGAUAGGAUCCCUCACGCCGCCUCCGUGGUUCGGCCCAAAGAGCGACGGCUUGAGCUGAACCAGCAGAACCUUUUCAUCAGGGGAAACACUAUAAUCCGCUCCAAGACCUUUUCUCCUGGUCCACAGAGCCAGUAUAUCUGCAGGAUCAACCGCAGUGACAGCGACAGUUCCACGUUGUCCAAGAAGUCUCCGUUCGUCCGGAACGCUUCGGAAAGGCGCAGCGUCCGAAUCAAAAAGCCUCCGAUGCAGAUGCGGGGUUUGGAGGGCAUGAUGCACACUUCUCUGGACCUGGAACUGGAGCUGCAGGCGUCUCGGACGCGCCACAGCCGUCUGAACGAGGAGCUGCGCGUGCUGCGGCAGCUGAAGGAGCAGAUGGAGAGCGCGAGGCAGCAGGGCCAACGCAGCCUCCCCACCUGGGUGCAGGAGGACGAGCGUUUCCGACUGCUCCUCACGCAGGCUGAGAAACAGACUCAAGAGGAACAGCUGCAGGAGAAACGAGUGGAGAAGAUGAUGCGAGCGGCCGCUAAGGAGGUGCAGAAGAUCCGAGGGCAGAGCCGAAAAGAAGGUCCCGAAGUCCAGUCGUUCAGAGAGAAAAUGGCCUUCUUCACGCGAGUAAAGAUAAACGUUCCCGACUUACCAGCCGACGACGUGUAGACCCCAAGCAAAGAGUCUUAACUGCUGUUUCACUAAAGAACCUGACCUCUGGUGGUAUUAUGAAGAAUGAAGAAUUAUUUUAGACUUAUUGUUAUUAUUAUUAUUAUUAUUGCAGAAAACUACGCGUGUUGUAGGAAAAUGUCGAUUAAUUAUUCUUAUUGUUUUUUAAACACUUUAGCUCUCAGUUGAAAAUCUGUAGAUGACUUUUUUCCUUUUUUUUUUUUUUAUUGUACCAACAACCACAUUUUUUCCUCCUUUAUUCCCGUAACAAUGCGUUUUAUUUUUCUCUUCUUACCACUAAUAAUUGUAUAUCGGUUCUAUUUUUUGUGAUAGUCGAUCAUUCCAGAACAGAAGUGUUUUUUUUUGUUUUUUUUUAAUAACACGUAGAAAGGAAAAAAAUAUGUGAAUACGGUACUUCAAUUUUUCCGAUAGCACAAUUUUUUUAUUUUUUUUUGAAAAUGGCUGUUUUUUGAUGCGUCUGUAAUUUGGGUAAAUAAGGAAAGAAAAAAAGAAAAAGAGAGAAAGAAGCGUACGCUGAUACAACGAGAAAAAGGUGCGUGUUUGGUCAAAAUAAGGACUGUUUUUAUAUAUAUAUAUAUAUAUAUAUAUAUAUAUAUAUAAAACAUUUAACACUAUGUACAAGAAAAUAGCUAAAUCUAGCUUCCAGAUUAAAGUACAAACUAACGAUUAGGCAAUUAUUAUUAUUGUUUUUAUGUUUAGUGUUUAGCGCGGUGAUAGUUAGCUGUAACUCGCGAUCGGCGUCAUUGAUCACGUGCUGGUUCCGAACGUCCGUUUUUUUUUUUUUUUUUUGGUCCACAAGGCACAGCACACAACGCUGUAAUCCUAGCAUUUAUCUUUAAACUGCACUUAGUUGUCCCACAGCCUCUCAGGUAGAAUUUGGCUAGUUUCAUGCACUUUAAAAGCUAAUCAGAGCGUAAGGAAAUCCAUCACAGCACAGAAUAAAGAAGAAGAAGAAGCCCUCA